UGCUUUUUGACAGAAGGCGACGUCGUGGUAGCGGCUCAAACUUUACUGGCUUGGAAAAUAUUCUUUGGCGACUGAGUAAAAACUUAGUGUUUUAGCGUAGAUUUGUUUAUUAUAUCUUAAGUUAAUAAAAAUCAUAAAACCCUACAAAUAUAUAAAAUGGGUUUAGGUGAGCUGUUGCAGUUUGAUGAAAUGUUACGAGAUUUCAACAGAAUGAACAAACGACAGUCACUUUAUCAGAUAUUAAGUUUUGCGAUGAUCGUGUCAUCCGCACUUAUGAUCUGGAAGGGGCUAAUGGUAGUCACUGGUAGCGAAUCACCAAUUGUUGUGGUGCUCAGCGGUAGUAUGGAACCGGCUUUCCAUCGAGGAGAUUUGCUAUUUCUAACUAACUAUAAGGAGGAACCAGUGCGCGUUGGAGAAAUCGUAGUGUUCAAAGUGGAGGGGAGAGAUAUACCUAUAGUACAUCGCGUUGUUAAGCUACAUGAAAAGGAAGAUGGUUCAGUGAAAUUUCUGACCAAGGGUGAUAACAACAAUGUCGAUGAUCGAGGUCUCUAUGCUCCAGGUCAACUAUGGCUUACAAAAAAAGAUAUAGUAGGCCGUGCUAGAGGGUUUCUUCCAUAUGUCGGUAUAAUUACAAUUUUUAUGAACGAGUAUCCCAAAGUAAAGUGGGCAAUAUUAUCAAUUUUAGCAAUUUUUGUACUAUUACAUCGCGAAUAAUAUCCAGCAACACGUCACACAGUUAGAAAUAAGCAAAAGGGUACAUUACCAGAGGGCCAAUAUAUAAAUUCGAAAUUUUUAAACAGCUAUUGCCAUCGCAAUCAAAAUAUCAACAACAACACCAAAAGCAACAACCGCAAGAGAGUUAUUAAAAGUAACGUUUAAAUGAACAAGUAUUCAAAUAUGUGAAAAAGAAAGCAUUUAUUGAGUUUCGAAAAAGUAGGCAGAGUAAAGAAAUGGUUGCAGUUACAUCCAAUUAACAAACAAUGAGUACGUUUUGUACUUAUUUGGAUUUUUAUAACCUUAUUUCAAAUGCCAUUUCUUUUGCCAAACAACGAAAUAUUCCAGCGGUAUAAAUUUAUAUUUGAAUUCUUAUAUUAUCUUGUAAAUCUGGGUAACAAAAAACACAAUACAAGGAUAUAUGACGCAUUUUUAAACAAUAAUUAAGUUAAUUAAAAAAUCAACGUACUUUGCUUGGCCAACGUGAAAAAGCUUAAAAAAGUUUUGUAAAAAUUUAUUUUUGUGGCGCAACAAUCAUACAAAAAGGGGUUUUGUUUGUACUUCCGCUUUAAGUUCAUGCAUUUAUUAAUUACAUUGGCUUUCUCGCUUUGCUUUGCUUUGACUGAAUCGGUGCGCAAUAUGUAUAGACAAGUUUAAUAAGAAAAUAAAAUUGGCAAAGCGUUCGUAUCUCACGGUGAUUUAUUUAUAACCAUUAAAUUAAAAAGACAACUUUUAUUUGUACAAUUAGCACAUUUGUCUUCAUUGAUUGAACUUUACAAACGAAUAAAAAAGGAAAAUAUCAUUUCA